AUGAGCAUGAGCGACCCGGACAGAGACUGUUUUGUGUAUGUGGCACCCAACUUUGCUUACCGAAGUGGUGUAGAGAAACUGCCCGGACGCAGCUUUCUAUCAGAGUUCCCUUACGAUGCUCUCAGUGUGACUCACUAUGCCCACGAUGAUGCACUCAGAAUCUUCUACGCACAUGCAGGAAAAAAUCUAACAUUGGGUCGCAGUGAUGGCAAACUCUCGGAUUUCGACAUCGGCAAACUGAACACUCUCUACUGUGGGAUGGAAUCCUGGUGUGAGGAACAUUACCAGUGCAGCCACAUGUAUGACUUCGCUUCAACUCAGCCAAACUGUUGGCGUCAGGGACCCAGAUAUGCUGGAGAGACUCGCCCACCAGGCUGAUUGUAAUGUAGAUAUUGCAUCGCAACUCGAUUCUCUAAUGAACACAACAAAGGAAGAGGGGGUGGGAAUUGUGUCUAACUGGACCGUCAUUACUCUAAGGAGUUGACCAGUUCGCCGAAAUACGCAGUCACUGCUACCAACUCCCUGUCCAGGAAAUUCUGUACCACCUCCACACAACCACCCGGACCAGCACACUCUACCAACUGCACAACAAAAGCAAUUAUCUAGUCAAUUACAGAAACAAAAUAAGCGUUUUAUAUAAUAGUAAUAAUUAAAUAAUUGGAGGGUAAAUGGAUGAAAGUGUUACAAUACAUUUUAGUAGUUUUGGGAAAAAAAUUUAUCUAAAGAUCUAAUUAUGUUGUGUCUUUAUUGAUUUUUUCUACAACUAUACAUUUUGUUAGCUAUUUAAGCAUACAUUUGACUUUAAGUACAACUCUAUUCCUUGU